AUGCUAUCACGUAUCAUUACCGGUUUCCGCAACAUCAGCACAAACCAACGCACAACUGCCACUACUACCAGUCGACUGGCUCCUCUUGAAGACUCGCCCAAGGAUGCUAGACGGAUAUACACUCAAGCCAAGCCAUUGAAUCGAAAGCAAUCAUCAGCUUACUCUUCUAAUGGUCUAUCUGUCAACCCAGCCGACGACUUUGUCCAACGAGAUCUGGUCUCUAAGAAGAAAUGGCGUCUGUUUAUAAACUACUUGUAUUGCCACACCUUUGUAUAAUUUUUCAUGUGAAGAAAUCCAUUUUAUCCUAAAUCCCAGCCUUAUCCCCCUAAACAACACACUCUACUAUUCCUCAUCUUUUGUAAAAUAAUAAAUCCAAUUAUAUAAAUCAUGCCC